AUGCACCGUGCAGAGGAAGCCAUGGUGACAUGCACUGUGCAGAGAAAGCCCGGAAAAGCUUAUUGCACGGUGCAAAAUGGGGUUUUGUUUUUUGCACAGUGCAUGCCGCGGAAAUCGCUCCAGAGACUUUACGGACGGACUAGAUAUGGCUCUGGGCCUUUUAUUGGGCUGGGCUGGGCCGAUGGAGUUUAUGAGAGAAUCCGGGGCCGGGCUGGACCACAUUUGGCUUUGGCCCGGCCCCAAAUUGGCCCCGAAUGA